AUGGCUGCCAUACUCGAAAAGCUUAUGAUUCAAUCACCUCAUAUGAAGUCAGUCGUCAAGCUUCCGCCAUUCAUCUACGGAACAGCAUGGAAGAAGGAAGCGACUGAGCGUCUCGUGUACGAGGCUCUGUCGAAAGGCUUCACAGCCAAAACACUAUCGGAGGAUCUCGUAGCUGCCGGCAUCAGCCGAGCUAUCAAAGAUAAAAUUAUUCGAAGGAAAGAUCUCUACCUCCAGACCAAAUUCACCUCAAUCCAUGGCCAGGACCCAAAGGCGAUGCCAUACGAUGCCCAGUUGCCUCUAGCAGAACAAGUCAGUGCCUCCGUCAUGUCGUCGCUGCGUAACUUCAACUUCGCCGACGUCUGUGAGCAUGAUGACGAGAAAGAGCCGUACAUCGAUACCUUGGUCCUCCAUUCCCCGAUGCCCACGAUGGCUGAGACCCUCGAGGUCUGGCAGACUCUUGAACAAUUCGUCCCAGGAGAGAUACGAAAUCUCGGGAUCUCCAAUUGCAACCUGUUCACGCUCAUGGAGUUGUACGAGCGCAGCAACAUCAAGCCUGUGGCAGUGCAGAACAGGUUCUAUGCUGACACUAAAUACGAUAUCGGUUUACGCAAGUUCUGCGAGGAGAGGGGCAUAAUCUACGAAGCCUUCUGGACGUUGGCAGCGAAUCCAGGUCUGCUGCGAUCACUUGAAGUAAGACAACUUAGCGAUGCCUUUAGCAUCAGUCCUCAGGCGGCGCUGUAUUGUCUCGUGCUCGGCUUGGGCAAGGUGACCAUUCUCAACGGCACAACCAACCCAGAGACAAUGGUCGAAGACUGGCGUGCCAUCAAGGCCCUGACGGAUGCCUCUGAAUCGAAUCAGCGAGCUUGCGAUGCCCUUAUGAUGGGAUUCAAGAGCCGCAUCGGUCAGCUCAGGAGACAUGAUGAGUAA